CCGCGCCCUCCGCGCCGCACCUGAGCGCGCAGCGGCGUCCCCAUCCCCAUCCCCAUCCCCAUCCUCAUCCUUAUCUUCAUCCCCAUCCCCAUCCUCAUCCUCACACCCCUCCCCAGCCCUCCCAUGGCGCUGCGGCUGCUGCUGUGCCUGGCGGCGCUGGGAGCCGGCUGCCGGGCAGGGCCCCCCCCCGGCCCCUCCACCGAGCCGCCGCUGCAGGACGAGGCGGACAACCAGGAGAACAUCCUCUCGCAGCUGCUAGGUGACUACGACAAGGUGAAGGCGGUGUCCGAGGGCUCCGACUGCCGCUGCAAGUGCCUGGUCAGGCCCCUGGGCCGCGGCGCCUGCCAGCGGAUUAACGAGGGCGCCUUCAGAGCCGAGGAUUUCUACACGGUGGAGACCAUCACCUCGGGACCCGGCUGCAAGUGCGCCUGCGUCGCCCCCCCGUCCGCCCUCAACCCCUGCGAGGGGGACUUCAGGCUGAAGAAGCUGCGGGAGGCGGAGAGCAGUGACCUGAAGCUGUCCUCCAUCGUCGAGAUGCUGGAGAGUGCCUUCUACGGCUUGGACCUGCUGAAGCUGCACUCGGUCACCACGAAGCUGGUGGGCCGGGUGGAGAGGCUGGAGGAGGGCAUGGCCAGGAACCUCAGCGGGGAGCGAGCCGCCGCGGAGGAGCCUCUGCAGGAGCCGCAGGGCCGGGAGAACUGCUCCAGCCUCAUCUCCAACAGCCUCGCCGACAUCGAGGGCUCGCUGCAGAGGGACGCGGAGGCUGCCUACGUGCACACCGAGGGCAAGUACGAGGAAAGGUUCCUGAAGGACGAGACCAUCUCUCAGCAGAUCAACUCCGUCGAGUCCCUCCCGGAGCUGCACCUGGCUGCGGAGGAGGAGAAGCCCAAGCAGCUCCUGCAGAGGAAGCUGCGGCUGCACGGCCGGCCUCCCUCCAAGCCCACCAUCGUGCGAGGGGUCACCUACUACAAGGCGCAGUCCGGCGAGUUGGAGAACGACAUCGAGGAGCAGCGUGAGUCGGAGGACGAGCUGUUCAGCGGGGACAACACGGUGGAUCUGCUGAUCGAGGACCAGCUCCUGCGGCCCAGCGGGCGGGCGGGCGAGGCCGUGCGGAAGCCCUCCCCGGUGGGGUGGCCGCCCACCCCCAGCAGCGACCCCACCACCGCCGCGCCGACCACCCUGCCCUUGUCCCCUGCUGCCUCCGUGGGGCCGACGCCGGACCCCAACACCGUGAGCCCGCCACCCCCCACCCUGGGGACCACGAGCGCCCCAUCGGGGCCGCCCGAGGAGGGGACCUCGCAGCUGCCGACAGCAUCGGCCAGCGCGGUGGCACCCACGGCCACCGAGAGCCUGCCCGCGGCCACCAGCCACGUCCCCAGCCCCGCUGUGGCCACCACAGCCCAGAGCCCGUGGGACACGGGGACGAGCCCUGAGCCUGGCACCGGGAGCAGCCCGGGACCCCCGGAGCAGGCGAGCACCCCCGCGACGCCGGUCAGCCCCACGAUCCCCGCCACCCCGAAACAGGCGCUGGAGGAGGAGGACAUCAGGAACAUCAUCGGGCGCUGCAAGGACACGCUGUCCACCAUCUCGGGGCCCACCACCCAGAACACCUAUGGGCGCAACGAGGGGGCCUGGAUGAAGGACCCCCUGGCCAGGGAGGAGCGCAUCUACGUCACCAACUAUUACUACGGGAACACGCUGGUGGAGUUCAGGAACCUCGACAACUUCAAGCAAGGGCGCUGGAGCAACUCCUACAAGCUCCCCUACAGCUGGAUCGGGACGGGGCACGUGGUCUACAACGGCUCCUUCUACUACAACCGGGCCUUCACCCGCAACAUCAUCAAGUACGACCUGAAGCAGCGCUACGUGGCCGCCUGGGCCAUGCUGCACGACGUGGCCUACGAGGAGUCCACACCGUGGCGGUGGCGGGGCCACUCGGACGUGGACUUCGCCGUGGACGAGAACGGCCUGUGGGUCAUCUACCCGGCCAUCAGCUACGAGGGCUUCAACCAGGAGGUGAUCGUGCUGAGCAAGCUGAACGCCGCCGACCUCAGCACGCAGAAGGAGACCACGUGGCGGACGGGGCUGCGGAAGAACUUCUACGGGAACUGCUUCGUCAUCUGCGGCGUCCUGUACGCCGUCGACAGCUACAACAAGAGGAACGCCAACAUCUCCUACGCCUUCGACACGCACACCAACACGCAGAUCAUCCCCCGGCUGCUCUUCGAGAACGAGUACGCCUACACCACGCAGAUAGACUAUAACCCCAAGGACCGCCUGCUCUACGCCUGGGACAAUGGCCACCAGGUCACCUACCACGUCAUCUUUGCCUACUGAGCCCCCCGCCACGGCGGGGCACUGCGAGCGAGGGGCCGCCAGCACCUUUUGUUAUUAUUAUUGUUAUUUUUAUUAUUAUUAUAAUUAUUAUUUUGUACAAAUCAAAGAGUAAAUGAUUUUUUUUUUCGGCGUUUCAAGCUGUUUUUUUUUUUUUUAUGGCGGAUUGUAGAUCGAUCCCCAGGCCGGGCCCACCCCCUUUGGCUCUGGUGCACCCUGCUCCUGAUCCCCGGGGCAGCGCGCAGGGGCCGGUGGCAGCAGGGCUGCUCCUUCGGGAGGGGACGCCGGGCUCCGCGCACGCAGGAGGAGGUGGCCCAGACGUAGCCCUGCUCAUCAGCUUUUUAUUUUUUGAGCAAACCCAGCCCCUGGUGCAAAGCUGGCCUUUCUGCUGCAGGCUGCAGGGCCCGGCGGGACGCUGGUGUCCAGGUGCUUUGGAGAACCCCUGUGCGAUGCGGCUGUGAGCGCAGCCCCGGUGCUGGCACUAACGCUGAGGACUGUCCCCUCUCCCCCUGGAGCCCCGGGGGGCUGCGGGUGCCAGGCUGGGAGCCAGCAGCGGGAGGGGGGCUGUAAAUAGCUGUAGAUGACAUGUCGGUGCGCUCUGUAACCCCAAAUCCUCCCCCGCUGGAAUUUGCCGGGUGCUGCUCUGCUGGAGGGCACGGCCAGCAGGAGCCCCCCGCCUCCCCAGCCUGGCACCAUCUUGUAUUUACCUGCUGUUAAUAAUAAAAGAUCAAGUACCUUUGCA